CGUAAAUCACGGACAAACUGGACAAAGAUGAAAGAUCAUCGAAUCCACGCCGUUGAUAGUUUAUUUACUAUUCUGACUUAUGACUUUAUGAGACCAGAGACUACUUAUUAACUACUAACWAUUAUUUUGUACCGAUUAAAAAAUCCAAUAAUCUAUUUAGUUUUCAAAUUAUUAAUGUGUUUAGUAUAAAUUAUAGGCCUAGGUAGUCUUAGUUAUUAGUUAAUUGUUGGAUUUUGAACUAUUAGCUUGAACGUAGAUCAAUAAACUAUCAUAAUUUUGGUGUAAAAAGAAUCCUACCUAUUAUUAAACAAGGAUAAUAUUAUUUGUUACCUACUUUCGAUUAAAUAAGAUGGACUCAAAUGAUAAUAAAGGAGGUAAUGAAAAUGUAGAGACUAAUAAAACUAUAAAAGAAGAAGGUGCUACAGGUGUGGACGAAAAUGGAGUAAAAUAUAUUAUUUAUGAAGAAAAUAGUGUGGAAAUUAACGAAAAYGCUGAAGAGUUGGAUUUGAAUCAUCAAAGAUUGGAUAAAAUUGAAAACUUUGAACAUAUGCUAAACCUUCGUUCUUUAUGUCUUCGUUGGAACCAUAUAAAGAAAAUUGAAAACAUUCAAAUGCUUGUUUCUCUUAAUGAACUUGAUUUGUAUGAUAACCAAAUAAUCAAAAUUGAAAAUCUGUCCAGUCUUAUUAACUUAAAAGUGCUCGAUUUAUCAUUCAACCGUAUAAAAGAAAUUGAAGGUCUUGAAAAUUUGAUCAAUUUAGAAAAAUUAUAUUUAUCCAGUAAUCGAAUAACUAAAAUUGCACAUGUUAAUCAUUUAACAAAUCUACAAAUGUUGGAAUUGGGAGACAAUAAAAUUAAGACAAUUGAAAAUAUUGAAUGUCUUACUGGCCUUACAGAAUUAUACUUGGGAAAAAAUAAAGUUGAUAAAAUACAAAAUUUAGACACAUUGAUUAAUUUAAAAAUAUUAAGUUUACAAAAUAAUAGUUUGACUAAAAUUGAAAAUCUUAACAAGUUGAAAUCGCUAGAUGAAUUGUAUCUCUCUGAAAAUGGAAUCACAGUAAUUGAAAAUCUUGAAGAUAAUAUUAAUCUUGGAACUCUAGAUUUGUCUAUGAAUAAAAUUUCUAAAAUCGAAAAUAUAACACAUUUACAAAAAUUAACAGAACUUUGGAUCAAUGACAACCAAAUAAAUGAUUGGAAUAGUGUUCAAAUUUUGGAACAUUUGAAGAAGCUAGAAACCAUAUACUUGGAACACAAUCCAUUAAGCAAGGACAGUGCUUAUAGAAGGAAAAUUAAAUUAAUUUUACCAUGGAUUGCUCAAAUUGAUGCUACAUUGGCCCGAUAAAUUAUCCAAAUUGUUUUAAAGCUUAUUUUAAAUUAAUGAAACUCACUCAUAGAAUUAGUUUUUUUUUAGUGUUUAUAAUUAAUUUAUAUAGU